AUGCGUCGCCCGCUACUUUUACUCGUGCCAGCACUAUUUUUGGUCCCAUUGACGGUAAACGUUUCGCACUUUUUGGCCUAAAUAAUCCAUAGCGUGUAAAAGGGUCGUAAGCUGAAAAUUUUGGUUAUUUCCUGUCAAAAACCUGUAAAUUUCGCAAACGUCACACGUGUUGAGCCAAAAAUGGGUUAAAAAAGCGUAUACUUUUUGAAUUUCAGUCAUUUUUCCCUUUCCCUUUUCCUCUGCGUCUCUACGCGCACACACUCUCUCAGUGUCGCAAGCACCCGACUUGACGACACUUUCUGUUUUCACGCUCAUUGAUUGGUUUUUCUGCCAUUUUAUUUGUACACCUCGCUGCCGCUCAACUCCAUCAUCAUCUGUGUUGAAUACCCGGCAAUACAUAUCUCCAUUUUAGUCUUUCAUUCAUUAAAAUUACAGAAUCAAAGCCAAUUUUCAAUGAAAAAUGCCAAGAAAUUAUAGAGGAAGCGCCCCUGCUUCAGCUUCAAUAUACAUUAUGUUUUUCGACAAUGUUUUUCUUUCCAGACGGCCGACAUAAAAUGCGACGCGGAGACGCUGUGCUCGGACGAGGAGACGUGCUGCCUGCUCGGAGACACCCACUGGGGAUGCUGUCCGAUGCCGCAAGCAGUGUGUUGUGCCGAUAAAACACACUGCUGUCCGACGGGGACCACGUGUGAUCCGCAAGGAGCUCGCUGCGUCGGAGAGGAUCCAGAGUUCCACAUUCCGAUGAAAAAGAAGAAUCCGGCAAGGAAGGCGGAGAAGGAGGAGCGGAACGAGUUCAAUGAGGUUUGUGUCACAAUUCUGGAUAGGCCUGAAAUAUCGCAAACAUGUUUAACGUUCUCUCGUUUCCAGAUAAUCUGCCCCGACAAAGCGAGUAAGUGUCCCGACGGCUCGACGUGCUGCCUUCUGGAGCAAGGUACCUAUGGCUGUUGUCCGGUGCCGAGUGCCGUCUGCUGCUCCGACAUGCUUCAUUGCUGUCCGAACGGAUUCACGUGCCACGGAAAGUUCUGCUCUCAAAAUGUACGUAUUCGAGCCGUCGGCCUCCUCAUAUUUUGUGUUUCAGUACAUUCUGACUCCGCAUCUCAAGAAGUUUGCAUCGACGAACAUCCACCGUAAGCCGGCAGUCGGCUUCCUUUCCGACGAGAAGAAUUCCGAGGAGUCUUCUGAAGACGUGGUCGACGACGAGGACGUGAAUCCUAUUGCGUGUGGCGUCGGAAAAACGUGUCCGGCCAAGACGACGUGCUGUGCAAUUGAGACAGAGAAUGGAGAGGAUACAACGAUGUGUUGCCCGUUGAGCAAUGUGAGUUGGAGCCCUAGGCUUGUGAAAAAUAGAGAGUAUCUUCUGGAAACCGACAAAAGUCGAUUGGCAGUCCCGAGCAUCGAACUAGAGCAUUUUUUUGCAGGCGGUUUGCUGUCAAGACACGUGUUGCCCGGCCGGAUACCACUGCGUCGCCGGCGGAAAAUGCGAGAAACACGCGAGAGCCAAAAAGCCGGUCUGGACGUCGCACAAUCGCAAAUUCUAUGAAAUCGUCGACGAUGUUGAUGAUGACGAGGAGAACUAA